UCUGUGAAAGAUUCCAAAUAUCCUUGUUUUGAUUUAUAAUAUAAAUCAGCUUCAUUUGCUUCAGUUCUACUAGUAGAAAUUGAUAUUGCCUUAUUUGCAAAAGAGCCCUUAAGUUUGUUAAAAAUAUGAAAUAAAGUCAUUAACUACUAUCUUUUCCCUCCACGUAUUCGAGUGUUUAAAAGAGGAGCUUUUGAAUCUUUCCCUCUCUGACUCCAAAAUCCUCACCGGCGAUAUACAAACCCUAGAUUCGUUCCGCCGUCUGUUCUUCCAUCAAUGUCGUCGUUCAAUCCAUUCUCUACCCCACAGCAACCGCAACAGACUCCUCAAUCACCGUUUCAGACUCCGCAGCAGACGCCUCAACCACCCAACUCCUUCUUCUCGCAGCAACCGCAGAGCACUUCCUUCUUCUCUCAACCGCAACCGCAGCAACAACAACCACCGACGUUUCAGCCGCAGCAGCUCUUGUAUUUGUUCACGAACGAUAAAGCUCCGGCGAGUUACAGCACCGAAUGGACUGAUCUCCAUCCCGAUUCUCAGAACCUUCUCCUUGAGAUUGAGAAGAAGAUAAUGGAGUACAGAACCGAAAGCCAGAGGUUAGACCAAUCCAGCCGGCUUUUUGAUUCUUCUAUAUCCACUCAAGGUUUCGAGUCUGUUGCAAGCCGCAUUGUUCAGGAGCUUGGUGGGAUUAGUACUACCAUGGACAGACAGAAAGCUGUUCUCCACGAGCUUAUGCUGGUUGUUAAAGAUCUGCUUCGUAAUUCAGAGGUUGCGGUUGGUUCUUUCAUGAUGCUACAGCCAAGUGGGGGAGGAGGAGGAGCUGUUGUUGUCAGUGGUGGUGAUUCUCAGCAACCUCAGGCGCAGGGAGUUCAACAAGAAGAAGUUCAAGUUUCUUACUUUUACCGUGGGAUCCCAAAGAAACCUACUGCUUUUCUGCUGCAAACAGUUGUGAGGUUUGAGAAGUAUCUAGGCGAGUGCAGACAGUGGGUUGAGGAGGUGGAGCAGUUGCUCGCUUUGGAUUCUGACAAGUAUAGUCGACGUGUUUUGGUUUUGGAGUCUCUUCCGAAAGUCAUGUCUAACGUGCAUGACUUCUUUGUUCACGUGGCUGCUAAGGUAGAGAAUGUUCACCAAUACAUUGAAUCAAUGAGAAGAGCGUAUCUUGCUGACCAGCGACGGAGAGGAGAAUCCAAUGAUCCGUUUCUUGAGGCUGAUAGGAGGGAAAGAGCAAAACAAGAAGCUGCUGCUAAGAGGGUCCACCCAACUCUGCAUCUACCUCCUGCUGCUACCACUACUACAAGUACACAAACCUCAACACAAGUAGCUGGGUUAAUUACGUACUCAGCAGCAACUCCAGAGGUUUCAAAUUCUCCACAGACACCUCCAGCUAAUUUUCCAACAUCAGGAGCUGGCUUGUUUCCUGACACACCUGCUUCAGCACCUUCGAUUUCUAUCUUUGCUACACCACAUACACCAGUUUUCGGUGCUCCACCAACUCCUAGAUCUUUGUUUGGCGAGCAAACUCCAUCAAAUCCUGCUACGCCUUCGCAGUUUGUCUCAGGUCUUACACCUGGUUCAGGAGCAAAUUUGAGUUCUAUGAAAAGACCUUCAAGGUCCAAGUACCGAACUUCGCGACGUUAGGCACUUGAUUCUUAUCAAGUUCCAUCUCUCAGCCUUUACCAAGCGUCAUUUACUACAAGCCUUGAGCUCAUCGUGUUUCACUUGCUGGUUUGGUGAAAGUUGAAAACAGAUCUCACUCACUCACUCAUUCAUUGAAUUGAUGAUUGUAUGUUCUCAAAAGAAUAGUCACAGGGAACAAAAGUAAAUAGUUUAACAUCUUAUUCAUAUAGGAUUCUGGACAGUGUUGUUGUCUACAUGUUUCUCUUGAAUAUAUCAAUCCGUGAA